AGGAAAAUAAUACAACACUUUAAUAUCAUUCCUAAAAUGGAAGUCCUCUCUACAUUCAUGGCUUAAUCUCUCCAGCUAAGGAGGAUGCAGUCUGAUCUACAAACCUCGCCUAUGGUAUGCACCUGUUGGACCAAUCAGUAGCCCAGUUCAGGUUACUUGCGAUAAUUCUUUAAUUAGUGUGAGAAAGUUUACACCUCUACUCCUUUAGCGUACCUAAACUCACGGAAAUUGUCUAGCUGGACUGUUAACUCCUAUUAAGGUGGAGGGGAAAAGGUUUGUUUUUAUUUUCACGGUAGCCUAUAACUAGUCUACCCUAGAUUUUAUCAAACGGUAUUAACUUUAUACGCAAGUGGUUUGAUCAUUUGCAUAUUGUAAAUUUCGUUUCCGUAAUGGACAGAACCAGUCUAGUGAGACUUUUUUCGGCGUGUGAUGUUAAUAAAUCGGGUAUGAUCGAGUAUGAGGACUUCACAGUUGUCUGCCGAGAGCUUAAUGUACCUGACGAUGAAAUCAAGUCCUUGUUCACCAAAUUCGGCGCGGAAGGCGACGGAUGUAUCAAUUACGACAACUUCUCAUCAAGGUUUCAAGAAGUUUCAGAAACAUUAGAUUUGGCGUCUUUCGGGGAGUUUGUGCACGGUCGAUCAGGUCCAUGGAACGAAUUUCAGAGCAGUAUUGAUGGCGCAGGAGCUGCCCUUUCAGAAAGGCUUAAAGAAAAUCUGGCCGACUUCUACCACGUCCUUCAUUACUCCUCGCAAUUCCAGUUGUUACAACAGUAUGAAGAUGUCAUCCAGGUUUUUGUAACUGAGAGCAUGGAGCACACGCUACAGAACCAGAAGCUGGAGAGUACUUUGAAGCGAACGGAGGAGAUGAAUAGUAGUCAGCUAGCAGAGCUGGAGGAUGACAUGCAUCAACAACUUGCUCGAGUAGAGGAGAGGGUGAGAGAGGAGGAGCGCAAGAAAACAGAGAAAGUCAUGGCAACCCUCCAGAGGAGACAUGAUGAUCAGGUGGCAGACCUGCAUGCAGCUGUGGACCGCUUGCUGAAGUGCCAGGAAGAAUCUGAACUCCACAUUUCAAGAGAGUCUGUUGACAGAUUACAUGACCAAAUAGGUGAAUUUACACAGGAGAACGACCAGUUACGGGGUGCUCUGCUGAAAGCGCAGACCAAUAUCUCCAUAUUGCAGGUAGAGAUGGACAAAAUGAAGAACAUGUACGCGGACCAAAAACUUCAACAUGAAAGAGAAAGUGAUGAAUUGAAGAAGAUGGUCAUAGAAUACCAGUCUUAUGCAAGCCACGUUGAAAUCCUCCAGGACAUGAACAAGAAGCUCUAUGACAGCAACGAUGGGUUACGCUCUGCCUUAACCAAGGACGUGGCGUCACCUAAAAGAAGGUUGUCCCCCAAGAAUGAAAUUCCAGCCCGGCGAAUGAAGCCCCUUAGACAGAGCACAUUUAACCAAAGCAGCUCAGAGCAAGAUUUUCCAGCUAGGAGUAAAUUAGAGUACUCCCAUGUGGCCAGUUGGGCUGAUAAAUACCUGGACAGUGGCAUUGCCAUGCCCAUGGACAUCGCUGAAAGCUCAGUCAGUGAUUAUGACAGUGAUGACAGCAGGGUUUCUUCAGAAACGGUGCACCACAGUUACUCCUACGUUCCAUCAGAAAUUGAGAUGUCGCAAGUGAAAUCAGAGGCUACAUUGUCAGUGGUCCCCAGCAGAACCAGCUCCUUAGCUUCUUCUAUUAGAAGACGCUUGUCUGCUUUCCCCAUCAAGCAAACAGAUUCACUUGACUGUGUUGACACUGAUGGCCCGGUGCAAAUGUACCGCCUGGUGUUAGCGGGAGACGCAGGAUCAGGGAAGUCAAGCUUCCUGAUGAGGUUGAGUCUUAAUGAGUUCAGGGGAGACAUGCAGACAACUUUGGGAGUUGAUUUCCAAAUAAAGAAGAUGUUGGUGGAUGGAGAAAAGACUAACCUUCAGAUAUGGGACACUGCUGGACAGGAGAGGUUCCGUAGCAUUGCCAGGUCUUACUUUCGUAAAGCUCACGGAGUGUUGCUGCUGUACGAUGUGACAUCUGAGAGCAGCUUCCUCAAUGUCCGAGAGUGGGUGGACCAGAUUCAGGAGUCCACAGAGGAGCAUAUCCCUAUGUGUGUGAUUGGAAACAAGGUGGACCUGCGGGCAGAGCAACCUGAGGGCAGCUGUGUGAGCACCAUGCAUGGGGAGAGGCUGGCCAGGACUUACAGUGCUUUGUUCUGCGAGACUAGCGCCAAAGAGGGAACUAACGUGGUGGAAGCAGUACUUCACCUUGCGAGAGAAGUGAAGAGAAAUGUGAAACUGAGACGACAGUCCGAAUCACAAGUUAAGUUGAGUCUGGCCAAUCCAAAGAAGACUCUAAACAACUGUUGUGGUUUGUAAUCAUUGAUACUCCGCAACUGGUGUAAGCAUGAUGUUGGAUUGUGUAGAUAUGUGGAUGGAGAUACAUUUUAUUUUGUGUAAUAUACUUAUCACUUCAGAUUAAUGCUAAACAAACCUUAAUUUUAAACAUUUGUACUAUAAGUUAAUCAUUGUAGAAUGAUAGUUUUAACUGUUCUGCGAGCCUUCGGGAACUCGUUUUCAAUUGUGCAAUUUACAAUUUUAACAAAUGUGAAAUUUAUUAAGUUGAAUGCAAAUGUGUUUUUGAAUAAAAUCUUUA